AUGGCGCUCCACACCGGGUCUCAUACUCAUACUAGUCUGCGCCCCAACAAGUCUACGAAAGAAACCAAGAGGAGACCUUCACCCACCGUCUCUCAGACGCCAAAUACCGCCGAGGCUGGCCCUCGGGUGAUCGCUCAACACUCUGUACAAUCAGCAGCGACCGAACGUCCCAAGGCGACCAGUCGCGAUGGGAGAUUGCCAGUAGCCGCCACGGCCUCAGUGGCCAAGCCUUGCGAACCGCAAAGGAAAAUCCCUAACGUCUUUGAGUUUCUGGAAAAGGACAGUGAGGAUUCAGAGGCUUCAUCGUUCUCCGCAUCAUCGUCGUCAGAGUCCGAAUCGGAGGAAUCCUCUGAUGAAGAGGAACAAGCGGCCAGGGCAGAUCCUCAGGCGGUUGCGAAGAUCCAGUCGCCAACACCUCAAUCACAUCCCCCUCCGCACCCAAUACUCGACUCUUCACGAUCUUUAGUGAAAGCUUCAUUACAACCGGCAGCAUCGAGACGUGUUGGUGGUACAACCGUCCCUCCCCCAGCACCGACAGCACCAGCACCCGUCAAUAAACAGGUCCUGCCCCGUCGCAGACAACCACCGUCACCAAAAGCAUUGCCCACAGAAUCCCGGUGUCCCACUGCACGAUUUCCAGAUGUAUCAAGGGUAGAUAACAUCCACUCAGCACGAGAUGCAUCAUGGGUGCAUCGUGGCGCAUUCCCACCCUCUCCGCCAAGCAGCCCCGAAGAAAGCACGCGGGUCCAACUUGCAUCAAGACCACAACAUUCCGAUGCACCGAGAGUGUCGUCGGGAUACGGCUUGAUUGCCUCACAGCUCACUCGGUCGGCCGCCCAGGACCAGGCCGCUUUCCCCCCGCUUUAUCGACGCUUCGAAAGUGUGAAUCACCGAGUCUUGUUACAUCUACAGGAUGAAAUCGCCCAGAUGGAGGAAGAUCUGAACACACUUGACGAGUACGAGGAGAUUCAUCGAGUGGCCACCGCGGAGCAACAGGGCACCAAGCCGCCCCCUGCAUCACGCAGAAUAGACGUUCAAGCGCAAGCAUAUUCGUCACUUCACUAUCGUCGUAUGGAUCUGAUGGCAGCCCUGAUCCAGAAAACCGAGCAAUAUAAUACAGCCCUGAGUGCCUAUAGCAAGGUCCUCCAAACCCUGCCCGGUGCAUCUGAAGAAGCCAUCAUCAACUAUCGUUCAUGGAUGAAAUCGCACGGGCCCAUCGACCCCAUAGAAGCCCGCUUCCUGGACCAGACUUCGGAUCUCGUGGCCCUGACACCUCGCUUGGCAGCAUCUGCCGCCGCUGCACCGGUGUACAUGGCUAUCAUCAUCGCCUCUGGCGCUCUCCUGAUGCCUCUUCUCGCAUUCAGCAUGAUUCGCGAAUUCUCCGGCCGUCUCGUCGUCGUCGCGGUGAUUGCCGGCGCUGCAGCAGCCGUUGCCGCAAACUACUCUUCUGGUAUUGAAGCUCUUGUGGAUUCCCGAGAUGGAUGGAGAUGUGCUGCAUUCUACUUUGGCUUUAUGGCCUUUGCUGCUAUGCUCAUUCCUUGA